AAGUUGUGUUCUGUCUGUCUGUCAAUCUAUCCUAAGAAUCCGCCGUUAUAAAAUCCGUGUUCUGUUUCCCACCGUCUCUUCCGUGUCCUCUCUUUCUCUCAUCAUCACAAAACAAACACAACAUAUAUUAUAAAUACACUUUAUAUAUCUAUCUCAAUCCAGAUCAACACAAAAUUAUCAUCAUCUUACUUGCGACAUGAAGACGAUGCAGCAAACUUGCGACUUGGAACUUCGUCUUUUUCCCUCUUCUACUUAUGAUUCUGAUUCUUCUGAUGAUACCUCUGUGAUAGAAUCAAGCAUCUCACGAGAUCAAGCACAACCAAAGGAAGAAUCUCAGAGAAUAACAAUUUUCUACAACGGAAAAAUGUUUGUUUCUUCGGAUGUUACCCAUCUUCAGGCUAAAUCCAUAAUAUCGAUGGCGAACAGAGAUAUGGAAGAGAAGUCGUCCUCAAUAAACGGGUCGGAUUUUCCAAACAAGUCGACCCAAUUUCAUCAUAAUCAUUACCAGCUUCCUCCAAAUCCGAAGGCGUCAAUGAAAAGAUCUCUCCAAAAUUUUCUUCAUAAACGGAAAAUUCGAAUUCAAGCUUCUUCACCUUAUCACCAUCAACAUUUACGACAAUAGUGUUUUUUGUUAUUUUUUGAGUAAUCAAUCCAAGUGAAAUUAUGUUUUUCGUGUUCUUUUUUUACUGAUUAGGGAAGUACUCUUAAUAGAAAACACAUACAUAGUAUUUGAUUCAUCUCAAGAGCGAUUAUGAACCUGAUGUACCAUUAUAUAUGAACACAAUACAUUUAAUUUCUAAA